UUUCACUUUUAACUUUCACAAUUACAUAAACAUCACGGGACCCGUAGAUGCGGUCAGUCUCAGUGGAUAAAGCGGGUAGGAGCAGAAGUUGCCUCUUAGGAUUCGAAUUUUAACAGUAAUGAAUCGAUUGUUUUUUGUAUUCAUCUGCUUGUCUGCGGUUGUUGGACAAAAAUAUAAGCCAAAUUGGGAGUCUUUGGAAUCGAGACCCCUUCCCCCGUGGUUUGAUGAUUCAAAAAUUGGCCUGCUAAUAACCUGGGGCGUGUAUUCGGUUCCCAGCAUCUAUACAGAAUGGUUCUGGUAUGCAUGGAAAACUGAGAAGAUACCAGAGGUGGUUGAUUUUAUGAACAAAUUUUAUCCACCAGAUUUUACCUAUGCAGAUUUUGCGCCAAUGUUUACUGCAGAAUUUUACAAUCCUGACCAGUGGGCUGAUAUAUUUAAAGCUUCUGGGGCCAAAUACGUUGUGCUGAUAACCAAACAACCAGAGGGUUUCUGUAACUGGCCAUCAAAGCAAGCAUUUAACUGGAAUUCUAUGGAUGUUGGGCCAAAUAGAGAUCUUGUUGGUGAGUUGGAGAGAUCAAUAAGGAACAGGACAGACAUACACUUUGGUUUGUACUACUGCCUGCUGGAAUGGUAUCAUCCUCUGUAUCUCAAGGACAAAGCCAAUGGAUUCAGGACUCAGUCCUUUGUUGAGUCAAAAGUGAUGCCAGAAUUACAUGACAUUGUGAAUCGGUACAAGCCGGACAUUGUUUGGUCCGAUGGAAACUGGGAAGCUGAUGAUCAGUACUGGAAUGCUACCAACUUCCUGGCCUGGCUAUAUAAUGAGAGUCCUGUGAAGGAUAAAGUUGUUGUCAAUGAUAGAUGGGGGAAUAACACACAGUGUAAACACGGGGGAUUCUUUGACUGUGAUGACAAGUAUGAUCCAGGUAAACUGCAGAAGAGGAAAUGGGAGGAAGCCAGGGAAAUGGACAGGUAUUCCUGGGGAUUCCGACGCAGAGCCAGGAUUGAUGAUUACUUAUCUAUAAACCAGCUGCUGACUUACCUGGCCAGGACUGUAAGUUGUGGUGGAAAUUUCCUGCUGAACGUUGGCCCCACCAAGGAUGGUAUAAUUCCUCCAGUCCAGGAGGAGAGACUGAGACAGAUGGGGGCCUGGCUGUCUAUCAACGGAGAGGCUAUAUACGGAUCAGAGCCCUGGUCACAUCAGAACGAUACCAUCGCAGAGAAUCUAUGGUACACAGCUAAAUACCUCAAUGGCAAAGUAUUUGUAUAUGCCAUCAUGCUAGACUGGCCAAAAACAAACUCACUGGUUUUAGGUGCACCAGUUACUUCCCCUAGUACAACAGUGAGCAUGCUUGGUUACCAGGGUAACUUUACAUGGAAAGCGCACUCUGGUGGUGGAAUGGAGAUCCAGUUCCCAGUCAUUCCUAUAAAUGAAAUGCCUAAUCUGGAUGCCUGGACAUUAAAGAUUACAGGUUUAACUGGCUGAUGGAUAAUUUGGGAUCUAAUAUAAAAAAUACUCCACAAACUGUGAUGGUUAAUGAUUUUUUGUGUCUUCUAAACAUUCCAGAAUUUUAUAUGGGACAUUGUUUUGGGUGAAGAUGUAAUUCAAGAUGUUAUUUUAGUAGGGAUUUCAGGAGGGAUGUACAAUAUUUUGGGUACAUAUAUAAGGUUUAUUUUGAGCUAAUUAUUGCAAAAUGCAUGUUGUGAUACAGGGACUACAAUAUCAUCAAUUACUUUGUCACUUAAAAUUUCUGAAAUAAUCAAUAUAUAUUACAUACUAUAUUUGAAGAUACCUAUUCCUAUAGUUUAUUGGGUAUAUGUAAAUCUUUAAAAAAGUAUUUUGACUGUACCUAAAUAAACUUGAGGUGUUUUAUACAAUUGACUGUUCUUCUUUACAAAGUGGAAACUCUGGGAAUUGCAAUCCUUUUAUAAUUUUUUGACAUAGUAACUGUUUAAUGAGCUAACCAUUUUUUGUUUUACUUUUGAGUCAGUGAGUUUGUUGUAUACCAUUGUAUUUAUAUAUAUUGUAUUUAAACAUUAAUUUUUAAACAUUUAAUAAAUACUUAAUGAAAUCCAAUACAGAAUUGUGAGUGGAUGAGCCUCACCUAUAUACAUGUAUUUUUUUUAAUGUGUUAACUUUAUAAUGAACUUUUGCUCAAGAAUUCAUGGUACUUGUACAUGAUUGUAUAAAGCCGCAAUAAAAGUUAUUUUUGCCGA